CCGCCGUUAGCGCCCUGCAGCUUCUCCGAAGACGCUGGGACGCACCACCUCAGUGGCCUGUGUCUCGUGGCCCCCAGCCCACGGCUCAGCGUCCCCGCCUUCAAGCUGACGAGCGUCAAGGCUGCGCGUGAUCUUGGCUCUACCGCUACGAAGAGGGUGCAGCCUCACCUCGCAGCCGAGGCGCAGAAAGGGGACGCCCUGGCCUCCGGGCCACUGUACUCGCCUUCUCUACGUAGUCGCGAGCGCUCUCGGCCUGGGAAGCUCCCGGCGCGAUGAGCGCCAACGAGGACCAGGAGAUGGAACUAGAAGCAUUACGUUCUAUUUAUGAAGGAGAUGAAAGUUUCCGGGAAUUAAGUCCAGUUUCAUUUCAGUACAGGAUAGGUGAAAGUGGUGAUCCCAAAGCCUUCUUAAUAGAGAUUUCGUGGACAGAAACAUACCCCCAGACACCUCCAAUUAUAUCUAUGAAUGCUUUUUUUAACAACACCAUAUCAUCAGCUGUAAAGCAAAGUAUAUUAGCCAAGUUACAGGAAGCAGUGGAAGUUAACCUUGGAACUGCUAUGACCUAUACAUUGUUUGAGUAUGCCAAAGACAAUAAAGAGCAGUUCAUGGAAAAUCACCAUCCUGUUAAUUCUACAACAUCCAUAAGCAAUAUCAUCUCAGUCGAAACUCCUAGUAUAGCCCCAUCAAGUAAGAAAAAAGACAAAAAAGAACAACUUUCAAAAGCUCAGAAACGUAAGCUGGCAGAUAAAACAGAUCACAAAGGAGAACUUCCUCGAGGCUGGAACUGGGUUGAUGUUGUAAAGCAUUUAAGCAAAACUGGUUCUAAAGAUGAUGACUAGCACUUGGAAUUUGACAUAAGGAAAGAGGAUCCUUUAGAAAGUAAACUGGGUUCAACAUCUUUCAUUACUAUUUUCUGGUAUUGAGGUGGCUUUUUAUAAAAUACAGUUUUUGUAUGUUUCUUGCACAAUAAAUGUAAGCAGAAAGUUCAUGAAGAGAUCUGGUUGUAUUAAAUUAUUUUCACAAAUUUGCCUUAAUAAAAGGUGAAAAUGUUAGUUUAGUAUACUUUAUAAAGCCUGUAGAACUUUGUAAAUGAACAAAUAUGGGGGACAACCAGUUAAUUUAUAUGAACUUAUUCUACUGGAAGUGAUAAUUUUUAAAGGAGUAUGAAACCCUCUUCAAACUGUCAAAGCAGAAUAUUGAGUGUAUAAUUAUUUUAUAUCAUGAUUCAUAUUAAUAGGCUUCUUAUCCAAAAUAAAGUCUUCAUCUCUUCUUUUGCUUAAUUACUGAUGCAGAAAUUACUUCAAAGAAAUUUAAAUACCAGUAUUUGAACUUUAUAUCACACUCUUUGUAGUUACUUUUUAUUUUUCAACAGUGAACUCCUGUUGAUUUGGGUCAAGACAUUUGCUCAUAAGAGCUUUCAAUAAUAUAUGUAAUAGGAGAGUAUGAACACCAAUCUGCCAGUUAAUUAGAAAGCAUUUGCAUAAAGCAAGCUAUGGUGGUCCAAGCCUGUAAUCCCAGCACCCUGGAAACUGAGGCAGGAGGAUCAUAAGUUUGAGACCAGCCUGGGCUACCUAGAGAGAACCUAUCUAAAAAAAGAGUGAGAAAAAAAAUCGUAUAAGUACUAUUUAAAACAUUUCUCUUUGCUGCCUAUACCAGUAUGGGAAUAAAUGAUGCCUUAAUAAUUUUUGUAUUUUUGGAGACAAUGAUUUUAAUAAAUUUUUAUUUAUCUGCUGUUGUGUUUUUAAUUGUUGGAUAACUGAGGUCUUUAAAUGGGUUCAAUAUAAAACUGCAUUUCAAAUAUUUUUUUUGUAGUGUCUUUUCAAAUCCAAUGUACUUAUCAAUCUCUGCAUCUUUUUAAUACACAUGGAAGUCUUUCAAAUACUGAACUGUUAUAUGUGCUUUUUAAAGUCAUUAAUAAAGAAAACUUGGUACAGUUUUACUAGGAAGGGUUAUCAAUGUUUAUGUGUGAUUUAGUGACUUUAUGUAGCCCCUUCAUUUUAAGAACACUUAGAACUUCUGUAUAUCUGGAAGGGUGGAUUGUUAGUAUGUCAUACCUGUGCAGUUUGUGCCUGAGGUUUUAAAGAAUAAUUAAAUUUUAAAGAAGUUACCUUAGCAUAAGAGUAAUUUGAAAUGUAUUCAUGGUUUUUACAAAGUAAAGUUUGGCUUCAGUUAGAUUGUUUGAAAUUGUAAGUAUAAUUACAGUGAAGAAGUUUAAUCUCUUUUAAAAGCUGAAUCACAUUUUAUUUCUUGAAUUAGUAUUAAUAUGCCGACUAGAAUAUGCCAACUUGUUUUCAGGGUUGUAUAUGUGUGGUUUUUGUUAUGUUGAUUUGUUUGUUCCUUUUUGAGGAAAAAAAAUUUUUUUUUGCUUUUAAAAUUAUGAAAUUAUUCAGGCUUACCAUGGUUGCUAGAUUACAAAGAAUAAUGCUAAUUGAAUUCCAAUGAACUAUUUUUACUGUUUUUAUAUGAAAUGUACAAAUUUCUGGGGGUGAUGGUGGCCAUGGUGCAUCUUAUUACCUUGUGUAAAAUACUUGAAGACUUUCACAGUAUCACCAUCAUCUGUUCAACGCUCCCAGUAUAUUUUCUCAAAAUCUCUUUACCUAAAAUUGUGUGGAAUGGCAUAACUAAUAAGCAAUAAAGUCUGAA